UGCUGGCCUCCAAUUCAAUCACUAACCAACAAACCCAUAAGAAACUUCACUACAAACCACAAAUCAUAUAUAUAUAUAUAUAUAUAUACACACUCACAUGUCCUAGACUUGUUACAUUGUCUUCGCUAUAAACUCUCUGAUGAACUGCUUGGUGUUGCCGGUGUCAAUAUUGAGAAGGCGGUACUCCGGGUCACGGCUAGGCUACCGGCCGCUAACGGAAGAGUCGGAAGAUCCGGUGACCGUGGUGGUUGGGAAGGAGAAGAGAGAGUUCUUGGUGGACCCUUUCGUCUUAGAAGAAAGCCCUUUUCGGGUUUUGAUCGAUUUGGCGAAGAAUGAAGAGAAGGGAAGAAUGUUUGUGCAUGGAGUGAAAAGAAAGAUUUUUGUGGAUGUGGAUGCAAUUUUGUUUGAGCACAUGUUGUGGUUGUUGCACAAUGACUCUUCUUCAUUGUUUCAGCUCAAUCUCACAGAGAUCAUUGAUUUCUAUUCUCAGGAGAAUUGAGUGUUAACAAAGAAGAGAAAGGGGUCUAUAUAUAUUGGGAUCACUUUCGAAGGUGCGAGUGUAAAACUUGGUCAGGUGGUUUAAAAUUCUUAGCCCAAUGUACAAUAACCACAACUGAGCCCGAACUCAAUUUUUUUUGAGCUUGAUUUAAAUUUGGGUUAGACUUAAGUUGGUAGAUUGUGCAUGAAUUAGAUUCGAAGUUGUUAGGUUAGUCUAAGGUGAUGGUGAUGAUGUUGGUGAAAAUAAUGAUGAUGGGUCUCUUGUUGGUAGAGUAUGAAACUUGGAGAUAAUGAUAGAGAUAUUUAAGGGUAUUGUGCCCAUCUUCAACUGUU